AUGCCCUACUUCCAGGCUCACCCGGUGGAGGUCAUCACCGACCAACCACUUCGGCAGAUCUUGUCUAAAUUUGAUGUUGUAGGACGUCUUCUCAAAUGGGCGGUGGAGCUCGGCGAGCAUGACGUACGAUACGUGCCCAGAACCGCUAUCAAAGCCCAGUCCGUGUCCGACUUCAUCGCGAAAUUAACUCAGAUCGAGGACGUGGAUCUCGAGCAACCUUAUGAAGCAUGGGUCCUGCACGUGGACGGAUCGGCCAACUCAAAGGGCGUCGGCGCGGGGUUGGUGCUGCUAGCUCCCGAUGGGCGUUCGUUCGAGCGUUCCCUCCGCUUCGGGUUCCAAGCCACUAGCAACGAGGCGGAAUACGAGGCGCUCCUAGCUGGGCUCAGGUUGGCCCGUGAAAUGCAAGUGGUCGCCAUACACGUCCUCACCGACUCUCAGCUGGUAGCCAAGCAACUCAGCGGCGGUUACGAGGCUCGGGACCCAAUCAUGUUCCCUCAUUUUACAUUAUCUAAUGUCUCGAGAGGAGAGAACGAGCGAGCCGACGCGCUAGCUAAGUUGGCAUCGAAAUCAGCCCCCGAAGUCUGGCUCGAGGUCGAGGAGCUCCCUUCCCGCGCCAUCAAAAUCAAAGCUGCGGCCUCGGGUGGUGUGCCAAUCACGUGGGUACAAGAGUUGCUACGCUUCAAGCGAGACAGGACCCUUCCCCCCGACGAAGCUACGGCUCGGCGCUUGCGCCGUACGCAUGCGUGGUACUCCGAGGUGAGCGGAUGGCUCUAUAAGCGGUCUUUCACAUACCCCCUCCUACGGUGCUUGGAGCCCGACGAAGUUCGUACGGUUCUUGCCGAGGUCCACGAAGGAAUCCGUGGGGAACACAUUGGCGGGCGAACCCUGGCGCACAAAAUACUUAGCAAAGGGUACUACAGGCCGACCAUGUGCCGGGACGCGAAGGUCUACGUGCAACAGUGCAGUUCGUGCCAAGAGCACGCCCGCGCGCCCCGGCAGCCCGCGGUCCCGCUCACCCCCAUCGAUUGCGCAUGGUCGUUCGCACAGUGGGGUUUGGACCUGCUCGGACCUUUCCCGCCAGCCUCGGGACAGCGGAAAUACAUCAUCGUGGGAGUGGAUUAUUUCACCAAGUGGGUUAAGGCUGAACCACUGGCGACGAUCAUGGAGCGAGAAAAUUGA